UGAGUGACUUGAACUCACUGUGAGUCAGACAGCUCUGGCCCUUAGAGUCAAAGAACAAGCAGAAGCUUCUCUUCUGGCCAGACGAUUUUCUCGCCAACAUUUGAGAUAAAGAUGGAACUUUCAACAUAUGAUUAUGACUACAGUAAUGAGAGCGAUGGACAGACACCAGUCCCACCGUGUAGUUUGGACCGGGUCAACUAUCUGGGAGCUCAGCUAUCUAUCCUCUUCUACUUUAUGUUCCUCUUCAGUGUCUUUGGCAAUGGGCUGGUCCUGGUCAUCAUCCAUCGGUUUGAAAAGCUGACCACUGUGACCAACAUCUUGCUGCUGAACCUGGUGGUGUCCUCCUUGAUCUUCAUGAGCAGUCUGCCCUUCAUGGGAGUCUACUUGCAGCUCUCCUACUGGAUCUUCGGCAAGGUCAUGUGCAAGAUUGUUGGCACCGUCUACUAUCUGGGCUUUUACAGCUCUGUCCUCUUUCUAACCCUUUUGACCUUCGACCGACACCUUGCAGUUGUGUACUCCUUGGGCGCGUCGCGAUUGAGGAGUCGAAGUUAUGCGACAGUCUCCUGCGCUGUGGUGUGGCUGGUCAGCGGCCUGGCAUGCAUCAGGCCGAUGAUUCUGCACACCACUUUUAAAUAUAUAGAGGACACAAUGUACUGUCAAGAGUUUCCUGGUGAAAUAGCUUUUAUUAAUGUUGAGCUGCUGAGAAACUUUGGAUUUUACCUUCAGCUUAUCCUUUUCUUGAUCUUUCCUCUUGUUGUUAUCAUCUACUGCUAUGUUAGGAUUGCUAUCACUGUCAUGUCAUCCAAGAUAAUUACCAAGUUUAAGACAGUCAGGUUAAUAUUUGUCAUUGUCUUGCUAUUUUUUAUGUGCUGGACCCCAUUCAACAUUGUAAUGCUGAUGCACGAUGAAGCCACUACCUGUGGGGGAAAGCAGAAAACGGGUUAUGCUCUUGAAGUCACUCGCGUCAUGGCCUACACUUACUUUUGCAUCAGUCCCAUCUUCUACACAUUUGUUGGGAAAAAGUUCCAGAACUAUUUCAGACAGUUGCUGGUGAAACAUUUCCCGGGGUUAAAGAAGGAUAUUUCUGUGAGUCAACAGAGCAGAACCAAUAUGUCUACAAAAAGUACACAAAACGAGCUCUAGGAUGGGAAGGCCUUUGUUUUUCAGGACUGCCAUGUGUUCAACAAACCACUGGUUAAAAACAUACAGGUACAUUCCAAUACCUAAGCCUAGGCCACUUUCAUAAUGUUGCUAAUUUCACCGUUCUUAAAGCUCAUGUCACCUCUUCAUUUGACAUCAGGAUAUAAAUGAUAAAUGUAGACUACAGAGGAAAGCUGAGCUACUGGAAAAGAUGGUUCCCUACAGAAAAACAUGCCACUCUUGCUUGUUAUAUACAAAUCUUUUUGCCUUUUGAAAACUUGGGGAAUUAUAAUAAAAUGUUUCUUUCCCUGAACUGUUCAGGAUCACGCUGAUGUACAAGCCUUGAUCUUUUAGCUUUUUUUAUUGCAGUAGUUCAUUUACAAAUAGUUUUUGGUGACUUUCUGCUCUCUAGAGGUCAGAGGUUGAUUAGUGAAGCUCUAAAUACAACAUAUCCUCAUACAAGACGCAGCGAGUCUCAAACUGAUGCAUACAGUUUAUUUCCCUCUGUGAAAACUACAGAAAGACAUACAAAAUAAAUGUACCAUUCAUACAAAAAAAUAACAAUACUUAAUAGCUUUUCACAUUUCACAGUAGAAAAGUGAGUUGGAUAUAACUAUAAAGAUACAGUCACCAACUUUAGAAUGUUCCUGAAUUUUGUCUUGGACCCUAUAGUGCAAAAGUCUGGUGGAAAAAUGCUUAUCAAUGAAUGUACUGUGCAUGUUGCCCUAAACUAACAUGAAAAAUGUAUACAAAGCCAUAAGAAAUGCAGAAAUUCAGAUAAUAUAAACACCCACCAAAUGACCCCGAAACAAAAAUUUCAAAUUUGUACAGUGAACGAAUUCAUUGCUGCUCUAAUCGGAUGACGUUGCAUGAUGUGCAAACGAAUGGAGCAGAAUUUUUUUUUUCAUCAGUUUGAAUGGACAACUUGUACAUACAAUAGUCCGUUUUUAAUGGUAUGUAUAUACAAAAUAUUGUGUUUGAGUUGAAAUAACUACAGAAGUGGUGUAACUUAAGCACGUAAGUUCUAUAACAAAUAAGUCAACGUUCGCGGGCUCGCGGGGCACAAACAGCGGUCUCCUGGGUGAAAGUCAGAACGUAAAAGUAAGGUAUGGUUGAGUUUAUGUGACUUAAAAACUUGGUUAUGAAAAGGAAAGAUUGUAUUAACAAUAAAAUAACUUAAAAUAACAAUUGGUGUAAAAUUACGGAGCUUGCAUUCCAGUAAGAGAUGUUAUUUACACCCAUGCACUACCACAAAAGGGUCCCCUCCACACCUUGUAUUGGCACUGAAUGUGCUCACCAUGAAUCUUUUGAAAGUAAAGGUGGAUUUAUUGUUCUGACGUAGCUAUUCGGUAGCUAAUGUGCGCCUCUUCAAAAAUGUAACAAUACAUUGCAGCCACAGAGAAACCACAUGGAGAACUGUAAAUGGUUAGCUUGAGCUGAUCGUUUUCUCCUUCAAGUUUCCAGUUAAGAAAGUAAAGUAAUGUAACUAUCCAAGUGUGCUUAUCCGCAACAAUGAAUCGAGUGUGCACACUCGUUCAGCCAUUUUCCACUUGGCGUUGAACCUGCAAAUUACUGCUUGUGACUAUAAUUGUUCUGAUUUUUUCCAUGUUUUAAUCAAAAGUUUUUUUUAUCUUUUAGAAGUGUUUAUAAUCAAUCAUGUCUUUUGUUAAACACUUUUUGAAUGAUAUAAUAAUACAGCUGAUUAUGAUGUAAUGUCAUGUAUCUUGUCUAUUCAGGUUUUGGCCUAUGAAGCAAAUUUUACAUGGAAAAGAAAGCUGCAUCAAAAAAAUGGUUUUAAUGGUUGGUUGUUUUUUCUUUGAGUUGGCUUUUGCAAAUCUAAGCUGUUCGAUUAAAU